UUUAUUUCUGACCGUGUUCAGCGGAUAACGGUGUUACGGUGGGUGAAGACAUGGACCUCGCCGCGAAGGACUCUUACAUCCAGAAGCUUUCAAGUAAAAUCAUUUCCCAGCGAGAGAAGGAGCCAAAGAAGCGACCGUUUGUUUAUUUCAAAGGUAAAAGUGACACCGAUCUUCCAAGCAAGAAGAAAAAGAAAUUAAUAAAGAAGGAUUGGAAAGAGAACAUCACUAAUAAGACUCCCAAACCACAACAGAAGCCUUCUCCUUCUCCAGCAGCUCAGAAAAGCCUUGGAAAUGCAAAAGCAACUACUGAGAGUGUGAAUAGAGCCCCGUUGCACACGCCUAAAGGAGGGAAUGCAGACACAAGCUUCUCCACUGUGGAUGUACUGCGCAAAAGACUACAUGAGAAGAUUGAAGAGUCCAGAGGGCAGGGAGCUCCACAGGAUGCAUUAUCAGAGGCCGUCAAGGCAAAGCGCGCUAAGCGAAAAAUGGAACGGGAGCGUAAGAAGAGAAAGAGGAAAGAGUUUCUAAUGAAGAAACUUGCAGAAAAAAGCAGUCAGGAACAGCCUGCAGAGAUAAAAGAAGAAGCCAUUGCUCCUGCUUCAGAAAAAAAAGUUAAGGCAGCUGUUGUCUUUAACAGAGUAGAGACUAUGUUAGGGGGAUAUGAAACUAAAAUGCAGAAAAAAAUUAAGAGGAAAAAGAGCGAGAAAGGGAAGGUAACACCACUGACUGGGAAAAACUACAAGCAGCUUCUGAGCCGAGUGGAGGCUCGCAAAGAGAAGCUGGAGCAGCUGAAGGAGAAGGACGAGACGAAGGCUGCUGAGAUGGAGAGGAAGAUCAAAUGGACCAACAUGCUCUAUAAAGCAGAGGGUAUCAAAAUCAAAGAUGAUGAAGACCAACUGCGUGUCUCUUUAAAGAGAAAGGAGAAGAGGCGUGCGCAGAGGAAGAAGAAGUGGUCGCAACGAAGCGAGCAUGUGAUUGGAAAGAUGCAGCAAAGACAGGACAAGAGGAAAAAGAACAUCCAGAAACGCAAAGAGGGUAAAAUAGAGAAGAAGAAGGAGAGAGCGCGAAAGAAGGGUCGAGUGCUGCCCGAGGACUUAAAGAAAGCCGCAGUUUAGAGGAAGAGAAGUUUCCUUAUGCUUUGGAUCUAUUUGCAUGGCUGUGAGAUUGUUUUUACCUGAAAUCAAACAAUACGUCUUGUACACAAAUUCAUUGCUUUCUUCCUGUUCAGAAAUAAUACAGUGUGUUUUAUAACGAAAUACUUAUGCCAAAUAUGAGAGAAAAUCUGCUGUGAAAUGUUUAACAAAAGUAAAGGAGUUUAUUGUCUACAUAAAGCCUCUUAGUGUGUUUUUUCUGUUCUACAACCCCUGUUCCAAUGAAAGUGGGAUGUUAUGUAAAAUUUUAAUAAAAACAGAAUACAAAAUCC